CUUAGUUUAUAUUCUUUAGUUUAUAUUCCUUAGUUUGAACUGAUUGGAAAAUAUAAUGUCAGAGCCACCUCCAGAUGUUAUCCCGGUACGGGCAGUCGUUCGGGGACGACCUUUGAUCCCAAAGGAAGUUGAUGAGGGUUGCCAAACUUGCUUGGACUUCUUCAUGGAAGAAAAUCGUGUGAUGGUAAACGGUAGCAAAUCCUUUACCUUUGAUAAUGUAUUUUCGGCGGACGUGAGCCAAGCUGAUGUUUAUGAUAUCGCUGUAAAGCCCCUUACAGAAGGAUUUUUCAAAGGAUUUCAUGCAACUGUUUUAGCAUAUGGACAAACAGGCAGUGGAAAAACAUAUUCUAUGGGAUCUGCACAUUCCGCAACUGCUUCAAUUGAUGAUGUAACUACAGGAAUUAUACCUAGAGUUAUUAAUGACAUUUUUGACGGAAUUAAUGAUCGUCCAAAUCAUAAUUUCACUGUAAAAGUUUCCUAUCUUGAACUAUACAUGAAAAGUUUGAACGAUUUGCUAUGUUCUCGGACAGAUCGGCAACAAAUUGUAAUUCGCGACGCAGAUGAUGGCGGUACACACAUUAGCGGACUCACUGAACUCGUUGUGGCGAACGUAAAAGAGACAUUUGCUGCAAUGGAUUGCGGGAAUUCGCAUCGUACGACAGCCGCGACUGCAAUGAAUUUAGUGUCAUCUCGUUCGCAUGCAAUUUUUACCAUUCUUCUUGAAAGUGUCAAUAGAGAGGAUGAAAAUGAUAAAGUGUCCUGUAAGUUCCAUCUCGUUGAUCUCGCUGGAUCCGAGCGAGCGAAAAGAACAAAAGCAGAAGGAGAACGCUUACAAGAAGGCAUCAGAAUUAACGAAGGUCUACUUGCGUUAGGAAACGUCAUCAGUGCUUUGGCGGAUGAAAACCUACGUUCUGGGCAUAUAAAAUAUAGAGACUCAAAAUUGACUAGGAUUCUACAAGGUUCGUUGGGAGGCAACAGUCAUACUCUAAUGAUCGCUUGUGUGAGCCCUGCAGAUUCAAAUCAUGAAGAGACGAUAAAUACUUUGCGAUAUGCAGAUCGUGUUCGUAAAAUUAAAAAUCGUCCUGUUGUGAAUCGGGAUCCACAGGCUGCUUUAAUUGCGUCGUUGAAAAAGCAGAUACAAAACCUAAAAUUACAGCUUUUGGAACGUGGAUUAGAGUAUCAACCUUUAGGAGCAGAGUCGAUUGCGCCUUCAGAAAGUACCAGUGCCUUGCAACAAAAAAUAAAGAAGUUGUCGAAUGACAAUGACAAACUUACUGAACAAUUACAACAGAGCGUAGAAAAUUACAGUGAAAUGUGUGAGAAAGCCAUCGUGACCGAGAUGUGUUAUGAUAAAAUGAGAGAGCAAUUUUCGGAAAUUACUAAAUCUGCACGCGGAUUACUUGAUGAGUUUCCUGACAUGUAUGUGAUAAAUGAAGAGAAUGAAUCUAUGAAGGAGCGUUACCAGAAACUUUUAUCUCUACAUAAAAUGAUUCUGAAGACUCAUCCUAUGGGGGCAGAAGAAUUAAUGGAGACUGCUUUACAUGGAAAUGACGAAACUCUGGCUCCGAAUGAGGACGGUUCCAUCCAAGGUGACACUGUGUUGGAAGCCACCACAAGUGUAGAUCCUCAAAAUAUGACGCAUGCUAUGACAAGCGAACAUGCCAUGAAAAAGGCUGAUUUAGGAAAGCAGUUACAAGAGUUGUCAAAAGCACUUUCGAUUAAAGAAGAGCUCGCGAAGCGUUUGACGUCAAACGAUGCUCAAAUCAGUGCAAUGAAGGGAGAAUUUGAAGCGAAGCUUCAAUCUUUAGCGAAGGAAAAAGCAAGUUUGGAACUUGCGCUACAACAAGCGCAAAAAACAAAUGAAAGCCGUAAGCUGAGUGAAAAACGAAGACAACGUUUGAAUGAGUUAACAGCUGAAAUUCAGACCCUUAAAAAAGAGAAAAGGGAAAAAGAAAAAUUGGUACGAAUGAAAAACGAAAGUGAUCGCUCAAUCGAAAGACUACACACCGAAAUUCGAGAUAUGAAACGUAACAGAGUCAAUUUGAUGAAACAAAUUAAAGCUGAGAAUGAAAAAUUUAACGCGUGGAAAAAAGAGAAAACAAAGGAAGUCAAACAACUCCAAGAAAAGAACAGGAAGCGUAAUUUCGAAUACGUGAAACUGGAAAGAACGUACGAUAAACAGAAGGCAAUCUUAAGAAGAAAAACGGAAGAAGCAGCCGCGGCCAACAAACGCCUUAAAGAAGCUUUGAGCAGAAGGGAGGCUGCUGCCUCAAAACGUAAAGCUUCAGAAAAGCGGACCAUGGAAACCAUAGGACCAAAAAUAAGAGUGUGGUUGGAUGAGGAAAUUGAAGUUCGUACCAGCAUAAGAGAGGUUGAACAUCAUGAAAAAGUGCUUAUUAACGAUCGUACUGCAUUGGCAAAAGAGUUGAAAGAGUGUACAGAUUCGCCGAAGAAGCGGAGACGAACAUUCGAUGCUGAAACUGAUAUACGAGGCUCAAACAGAAAGCUCGAGAUUCGGCAAGAAAUAGAAUUAAAAAGUGCUCAUAUUCAGAGUUUACAGAAUAAAUUAUCAGAAGCGAAAGAGCAUUUAAACUCGAACACAAAAUGGGCAAAUAUUGGAACUCUUGUUGAUGCUAAAUAUGCUAUCAAAUAUUUAAUGAAGUUAGCAGUGGAUGCCAAAAUUGAGAACUCUCUACAGAAAGACGAGGCCGCAAAUAUGAAACGGGAACGUGAGGCCGCAGAAGAAAUAGUGAGAGAUCUUCAAAAUCAACUACGACAAACUAUCAACAGACAUGAGAUGGAUAAAACUUUAUUGCAACAAAGCCAUGCGGUUCAGGUCUCAGAUUUGCUCGCAGAAUGCACAUUUUCGAAGUCAAAUAGUUUCCGCGAAACUCCCGAUAACAGCCAAACUGAAAUUUCAAAAUAUCAAAAAGAAAAUAAACUUCUCAAGCAAGAACGGAACAUAUUACAUAAAAAGUUAUUGGAGAAACGUGCUUCGUCAACUUCCGCUCCUUCGCCAGGGAAAAACCAAUCAUUUUUUAUGCCGAUCAAGCUUAUUGACAAGUCUGUUGAAGAUAUUUUUGAAGAACAAGAUGAAACCUUUGAACUGGAUGAGGAGGACACAGAUUCAGAAUACGCACCAACUCCCAAGAAAAAAAGGAGAAGAACCGGUGUUGUUUCUGGAUGUAAAUGCUCCAAAUCCAAGUUUCGUUGUAAAAAUUCUUUGUGUGGGUGUGUUAAACGGAACAGCAAAUGCGGAAAGAAUUGCAGUUGUUCAGAUGUCGGAUCAGCGUGCUAUAAUCAAGGAGAAGGAAUGAUAAAUGAUGCCGCAAAUGUAACCUUUGACGUAGAGGCCGAAAAGUCUUCAACUCCUACAUUUCUUUUCCCGAAACUUGAAGGCGGUGAUAAGGAAAAUAACCCCGAUAUCAUUCCAAGAACCCCGUUAUCUGGACUCGAGAACUCCACAAAAUAUAACCCGGUAUAUUUCCAAUCACCUAUAGUUGAUGAACCAUCUGCAGAUUCCCAAACUGAAGUUUAUAAAUGUAAAAAUAUAGGCCAUAAAAUGCCGAAAACAUUGCUUCAUUUUUUCUCCCCAAAGUCGGUCAAAAAAGAAGAAAAUGGCACGAGCUCACCAAAAUCAAACUCUGGGACUCCAUUGAAACCAAAAAACACGUUUUUAACCCCAAAAUCUGAAGGAAAAAUUCUAUCAAAGAAAACCUUUCUAACCCCCAAAUCUGAAGGAAAGAUUCCUUCAAAGAAAUCACCAUUUUUUUCUCCUAUGGUUCCAGCAAAAACGAUUGAAUGCAAUGUCUGUGAUAUUGUUUGGGCUAAAUUAGAUGGUUACCCAUGGUGGCCUAGCAUAGUUUGCAAUGACCCCACGGACGGCGUUCAUGAAAAAAUGGAAAGAAAAAAGAAAUUUAUUCAUGUUCAGUUUUUCGACAAUCCAGUAACUCAUGCCUAUGUAGAGGCAAAAAAUGUUGAAUUAUAUAACGGUUCUCAAUCUCUUGAUUUUCAAAUUGGUGGAAAAUUCUAUAGUUCAGAUCUAGAUGUCAUUGAGGCCACAAAAAAGGGGGAUGAGGCCUUAAAAAAGGGGGUGGAAGGCCGUGAAAAAUUGCUUGUUAAAUUUGAGGACAGUUUUGACGAUUUUGCUGAUGAUUUAGAUGACGUGUUAGCUGAUGCGUGUGACAAUUCUGUUGCUAGUAGCAACAAUGAAGUUUCCAUGGAGAUUGAAGAGGGAAAAAGACCGAAACGAAAGGCGGUAAAAAAAGCAGCUAGUAAACGACGCAGAAUUGAAACUCACUCAGAUGAGGAUGAUUGUGUUUCAGAGGAAGAUUUUGAUCCGAAUAAAGAAUCCGAGAGUGAUGAAAGUGAUGGAGAUGUUGGAGAAGAAUCUUCCGAUUUAGCUACUGAAUCCGAACCUGACGAUUCACCAAUUAAAGAUUCUCGAAAACGAAAAAGAAAAGGUUCGCUUCCCGCUUCAAAAAUAUCAAAUACACCUAGUAAUCCGAAACUUGCUGCUUUUAAUCCAACUACCAGUACGACCUCUCGAACUCCGCUUGUGUGCCAGCAAACAAAGUCACGAUUAUCAUUAUUCCAAGCAUCAGAGACAGAAGGAUCUAUGGGAGAUGACUUAGAGACUACAAAGUAUUUACAUGAGACAUUGGAGUUUCUUUUUCCAGAGAAUUUACGAGAUAAACAUGGUAGAAAGACGGGCGACCCUGAUUAUGAUUCAACAUCAUUGAAAAUUCCGCAAGAGUUUUUAAAAAAAUGUACGCCUGCUAUGUUCCAAUGGUGGAAAUUAAAAGUAGAUCAUUUUGAUGUAAUAUUUUGUUUUAAAGUUGGCAAGUUUUAUGAGUUAUACCACAUGGAUGCCGUGGUAGGAGUCAAUGAAUUGGGACUCAUUUAUAUGAAAGGGUCUUUUGCACAUUCUGGAUUUCCAGAAGUAGCAUUCGGUCGUUAUUCCGAAUCGCUCGUACAAAAAGGUUAUAAAGUUGCUCGUGUGGAACAAACGGAAACGCCGGAACAAAAUGCAAUUCGAAUCAAAAAGGAAAUGCCGUCAAAACAAGAGAAAACAUUAAGAAGAGAAAUUUGUCGAAUUGUAACAAAAGGAACGCAAAGUUUGGGAUCCUGGCCAGGUAGUGGCAAUAUGCAUAGCGGGAAUAAUUUUCUUUUAGCUGUCACUGAAAAAUCUUCAGGAGGAAAUAACUUCCAAGAAGGAGUGAAUUCUAACGUGUGUCGUGAAUUUGGAAUCUGUUUUAUCGACACUUCUGUUGGUUUGUUUCACAUCGGUCAAUUUAUGGAUGAUCGCCACUGCUCUGCUUUGUGUACUAUGCUCUCUCACUACACCCCUUGCCAGAUUUUAUUUGAACGUGGUCACCUAUCAGCUUCAUUGCAGAAAAUUCUUCGCUCAGGACUUUCCUCGAUUCUUCAAGAGCCAUUACUACCAGGAACUCAAUUUUGGGACGCAACAAAGACAAUAAAAUUUCUCAAAACGGAGGGGUAUUUUGAGAAAAACGGGGAGGACGAAUGGCCCACUGCUUUAAAAAGUAUGAUGCAAGACGCUGAAGCCGUCAGCUUUUCAGCAGCAAAGAAUUAUGAGCUAGCGAUUAGCGCGUUUGGCGCUUGUGUGUUUUAUCUUAAAAAAUGCUUGAUUGAUUAUGAAGUCAUCUCAAUGAAACAGUUUGUUGAGUACAGGCCCCCGAAAAGUGGAGAUCCACAAGAUGUUGCUCAAGAGCUUGAAGAUGCUGUUGCGAAUUUUGCAAAAGGCGAUAAUAAAAUGAUUCUUGAUAGUGUUACUUUAGCAAACCUGGAAAUUUUGGAAAACACCAAUGGAGGUACUGAAGGGACUUUAAUUGAGCGAUUAGACCACUGUCAUACUGCUUUCGGUAAGCGUUUGCUCCGCCAAUGGCUCUGUGCACCCCCCUGUAAUCCCGAAGUUUCCUCAGAUAGAUUAGACGCUGUUGAGGAUUUAAUGGGAUGCCAAGAGUUUAUAUCAGAAACCAACGAGGUCCUAAAGAAGGUGCCUGAUUUAGAAAGAAUGUUGAUGAAAAUUCAUUCUCUUUCGAAAGAUUCGAAAAAACCUGACCACCCUGACAAUAGGGCUGUUCUUUACGAGGAAGACAAAUACAGUAAAAAGAAAAUCGAAGAUUUUUUAACAAUUUUACAAAAUUAUGAAUGUGUUCAUAAAUUACUAGUAAGGCACCAAGAUUUAGUGAAAAGUUUCAGAUCCUCUUUGCUACAAAAAAUAUUGGGUUUGUCCAGCGGAAAUGGAAAUUUUCCGAAUAUGUCUGACACUUUAAAGCGCUGGAAAACAGCUUUUAAUCACACAAAGGCUGUUGAAACAGGUAAAAUAACGCCUAAUCAUGGUGCCAAUCCAGAAUAUGACUCAGCAUUAGAUGAAAUUGCUGAUAUACAAGCGAAACUGAAUAGCUAUUUGAAAGAACAAAAAAAACAUAUUGGGUGCUCGAGCAUCGUUUAUAAAGGAACUGGAAAUAAACGUUACCAAUUGGAAAUGCCAAUAGACGUGGCGGAUCGGAAAAAUUUAUCCGGUUAUACAAUAUCAGGUCAAAGGAAAGGUUUUAAGAGUUUUCGAACUGCUGAAACGGAAGAGUUUUUGAAAGAAAUGGAAGCCGCUGAAGCGCGACGAGAUUCUGCACAAAGUGAAACCAUGGCGAUUAUAUUUCGUGAAUUUGAUCAGGAUUUUGCGAUGUGGAACAGCGCUGUUCAGUGUUUAUCUAUAUUAGACGUAUUGCUCAGCCUAACAGAGUAUUGCAAGAAUAGUGAAAUUCAAAUGUGUCGGCCUAUACUGUCUUGGAAAGGUGCCAAUACCUCCCCAUUUUUGGAUAUUUCAACAGGAAGGCAUCCAUGCGUGACUCGUACAUUUUUUGGAGAUGAUUUCAUCCCUAACGAUACUCUUCUCGGUUGCCAAGGUGAUGAUAAUGAUGUCACAAACAAUCCAAAUUGUUUGGUCCUCACUGGCCCUAAUAUGGGAGGAAAAUCUACUCUAAUGAGACAAGUGGGACUCAUAGUCGUGCUGGCACAUUUAGGGUGCUAUGUUCCUGCUGAACACUGUAGGCUGUCACCAGUCGACCGUGUCUUUACAAGACUAGGGGCAUCAGACCGUAUCAUGUCUGGCGAAAGCACAUUUUACGUCGAAUUGAGUGAAACUUCAGCGAUUUUGAAACACGCAACCAAACAUUCUCUCGUGCUAUUAGAUGAGUUGGGCCGUGGCACAGCGACUUACGAUGGCACUGCGAUUGCUUUAGCCGUCGUUCGAGAGAUUGCUGCAAAUAUAAAAAGCAGGACUAUUUUUUCAACUCAUUAUCACACUGUUGUUGACGAUUUAAAAGCCAACGCAGAUGUGAAACAAGGCCACAUGGCUUGCAUGGUAGAAAAUGAGGACGCCGACAACGAAGACCCGUCUAAAGAAACUUUAACUUUUCUGUAUAAAUUGACCGAUGGACCAUGUCCGAAAAGUUAUGGCUUCCAUGCAGCACGAUUGGCUGAUGUUCCAGAAUCCGUGAUCACUCUAGCGCGACACAAAGCAGCAGAGCUUGAAAGUAACAAUAAUAAUGUGUCAUUGUUCAGAUCUAUCUGUCAGGGUAAUAUGCCCGAAAUGAACAAUGUUGCUUUGUAACUCACUUAACCAAGGCUUAGCUAUAAGCUGGGAAUGUAAUAACUUGUGUCAAUCGGUAUGUACUUGGACAUUACGUACCACCCUAAUUCUACAUGAUUCAAGUGGAUCUUGGAGUUUCAGUGGUGCUCUGUAAUUCUGCUUAGAGAUGUAUCUCCUUUCAUUUGAGCGAUUGUCCAUGUCAUGAACCUGCUUUGAACUAGUGAUACUGGAAGCAAAAUAUCUGCUUUUAUUAUUUUAGGAAGAUUCAAUUUGAGGACAUAAUAACCUCAAUUGGCAGCUUAAGCAUUUAAAAAUACUUGUGUUCUUUAUUUUUGGGGACAUGUAAAAACAAUUGCCAUAGCAAUUGCCUAGGUAUAGAUAUUUCAUUUAAUCAAAAUUAGUAUAACCUGAGAAUCAUGGCAUAUCUCACCUGGUUCAAGUAUAAGAAUAAACGACUGAGAUAUUCAGUUAACUAUAUACAUAAACAUGGUUAGUGUAGAAUGUUGUAAUUUGGCAACAUUAUUCUCAAACAUUUCUAAUUACAUUGUAUUUUGACUCCAUUAAUUGAAGAAUUUUUUAAAUACGGACAUGACUUUUAUUCCGAAACCUUCGAAACCACAGUUUUUGUUGAACGUGAAAUAACUGAACCUAUAUUUGACAUGGACUGGUAACCAAGAGGUCGUGGUUCGAUGACUUUCCUCCCCCCAGGAUAAAUUGAAAAUCCUAUCCUAACAUCAUAUUGGGUAAUUGUCCUGUUUUCUUUUACCUUUUUUUUUACAGUCUUGUGAGCAGUUUUCAACUCUGUUCUAUUUUCCACAAGUUUCAUUAUGUCAUGUUUUUGCUUCUUACAUUUGAACAAGCAUUCACACACAAACCUCUAAUCAAAACAAAUUUUUUUGGUUGGUGCUAUUAUGGCAUGAGAUCUAAGCUAGCACUAUAAAGUGAGGUCUGCCCCUGCAUUUUCCAUCCCUGUUAGAUAUCACUUAUUUCCAUUAGUAACCAUAAAAAUAUAUGGCGGUAGAUCUUACAUUUUGGUGUCACAUCAUUUAUAUCAGAGGUUCCCAACCAGGAGCCCCCAAGGGGGUCCCAGAGUAGUUGGGGAGGGGCCACAAUGCCAGGCACAAAACUAAUUUUACUUUUUUUUUACAAAAAACUUCCUGUUCUCCAUGGUUUCUUUGUCUAAUAAGGGUAUUUCACAGGGUGUUUUCACUUUGUUGAGCAUGAAUUGUUUGGAAUCAACUAAUCGAAACAACACUGAAUGCCACUUGAAUGAUAAACAGGGGGGCUAUGGGGGUGCUAAAAGCCUACAAAAAGGAAUCACGUGUCAUAUAAAGUUUGUAUAAUGAGAUGGGAAUUGUGAAUGGAAUGGCCUCGCCUAUUGUUGUGAUGAUGAACCAGUUAAUAAACUGAGGGUGCACUGUCACAGUUCAGGGGUGGCCAACUUUUUUUCGGCGCGAUCAACUAAAGUUUUCAAAAUAGCUCGCGAUCGGUGAUUAGGUUAUACACAUGAAUGAAUAUGCAGAUAUCUACACACGCUCAUACAAUUCCACUGCUGCCAAUAAGCAGGGUUCUGUGGGCGCUUUCUACGAUAUAAAAGAAUUGUAUUUUUUAUGUUUCGUUUAAUUUUAUAGUAUAUGUAUAGUACCCAGAGUAAAUUUGACUUCACAUAACAUCGGACGCGAUCGACUACCCAAGACGCGACGGUCUAUCACUGUGUUGGCCACCCCUGUUAUAGUUUAUUGAAAUCUUCUAGUAUAAAUUCUGACCACUCUGGAUAUUAAAAUUGAUUAAUUUUGCUAAAUGUUUUGUGAAAUAAUUAUUAUUUUUUUAUUAUUUCUGCUUGCCAUCUAGUACAUAUAUUUUCCUCAUUUAAGAAUAAAUAAAAUUGCUCAUCUAAGAAAAAAAUUUCACACGUUUUGGUGCAUAUAUCUUGAACAUUGUUCCCAUCUUAACAAUCUUAUACUCUGAAGUCCUGUUGCCAUUAAUAUUCAAACAGUGAACUUUUUUUUUUGUGUUCAAAAACUGCCAUCUUGAAACAUCAUAGUUUUUGUAAAUUUCUUAAUAAAACUUACUUAUGAGA